GGUACGUAGGUGGACGCCCUUGGGCUGGCGCGGUCGCGGCUCUCUGCGCCCAGGCGGGAUAGGGCAGUUCAGCCCUUCCCUCCGCCCCCACCUUGGCUGUUGUCGCAGGCAAGAAGACUGUGAUGGGCGCUGCGUUGUCCGCGGCCGCCGCAGCCCCUGCCCUGGGCGACGGCCCGGAGCUGGUCACGGUCGGGGUGCGAGAGGCGGAGCAGCGGCCAUUACUGCGCAGCCUCUUCCGCCGGGAUCCUCGUCUCUGCCUUUGGUGGCAACCAGAAUGAACCAGCAGUGGAAGACAAAAUACCACACACUGUUUGACUGCCGGUGAAGAUGAGCUUUUGUUUUUGUGCCAGACAACUGUGGGAUUUGUAAUAGAAAUGAUGGCUGGCUGUGGUGAAAUUGAUCAUUCAAUAAACAUGCUUCCUACGAACAGGAAAGCGAAUGAGUCCUGUGCGAAUACUGCACCUUCUCUAACUGUCCCUGAAUGUGCCAUUUGUCUGCAAACAUGUGUUCACCCAGUCAGUCUGCCUUGUAAGCAUGUUUUCUGCUAUCUGUGUGUAAAGGGAGCUUCAUGGCUUGGAAAGCGAUGUGCCCUCUGUCGACAAGAAAUUCCUGAAGAUUUCCUUGACAAGCCAACCUUAUUGUCACCAGAAGAACUCAAGGCUGCGAGUAGAGGAAAUGGUGAAUAUGCAUGGUAUUAUGAAGGAAGAAAUGGGUGGUGGCAGUACGAUGAGCGCACUAGUAGAGAGCUGGAAGAUGCUUUUUCCAAAGGUAAAAAGAGCACUGAAAUGUUAAUUGCCGGGUUUCUGUAUGUUGCUGAUCUUGAAAAUAUGGUUCAGUACAGGAGAAAUGAACAUGGACGUCGCAGGAAGAUUAAGCGGGAUAUAAUAGAUAUACCAAAGAAGGGAGUAGCUGGACUUAGGCUGGACUGUGAUGCUAAUACUGUAAACCUCACGCGCGAGAGCUCUGCUGACGGAGCAGACAGUGUCUCCGCACAGAGUGGAGCUUCUUCCGUUCAGCCUCUAGUGUCUUCCGUAAGGCCCCUGACAUCAGUAGAUGGUCAGUUAACAAGCCCUGCAACACCAUCCCCUGAUGCAAGCACUUCUCUGGAAGACUCUUUUGCUCAUUUGCAACUCAGUGGAGACAGCAUCGCUGAAAGGAGUCAUAGGGGGGAAGGAGAAGAAGAUCAUGAGUCACCAUCUUCAGGCAGGCUACCGGCACCAGACGCGUCCAUUGAAGAAACCGAAUCAGACGCCAGUAGUGAUGGUGAGGAUGUAUCUGCGCUUGUUGCACAACACUCCUUGUCCCAACAGAGACUUUUGGUUCCUAAUGCAAACCAGACAGUAUCUGAUCUAUCAGAUCGAUCAGGAACUGAUCGAUCAGUAGCAGGGGGUGGAACAGUGGAUGCUGGUGUCAGAUCUAGAAGGCCUGAUGGACAGUGCACAGUAACUGAAGUUUAAAUUAAAAAGUCUUCAGCUCCAUGCUCAAAGUUAAAAUGGUUAUCUGUAGAUUUCUGCCCUCAUAACAUUAUACUCAUCCCUGGUAGUGCAUUUUUGGGAGUUGGGGUGGGAAAAGGGGGAAGACAGACCUGUAAAUUAAAAUGUCUAACAUGUCUCUGUUGAGGAAUUUAUUUAAUAUAAGGAACUUGGCGUUAAUAGUUGAGAGCUGUUUAGUAAUAACCCCGUUUUCUUGAUGUCUGUUUAUUUUACAGUUUUUUUAAAUUUGUUCAGUUCUUUUGGCCAGCGUGUGUGUAUUACCUGUGCAUUAACAGUCCUCAUCUGACUCUUGCAUUGUGUCUUAUUUUUCUGCAUGGAUUGACGUAAAACCAUUACUAAAAUUUGGCACCUAUGAGAUGUCUUGUAUUGGUAUGAACAGGAAGCUUAAUGUGAGAAUAGAUGUGAAUCUGGGAUUUUAAAAUAGAUGAAUAACAACUAUUAAAUAGUAAAGUUACUGAAAUAGAGAUGUGAAGAAAACAGCUAAUAACUCACGUUUCAGAAUCUUGUCUGUAACAUACUUCAUGGUGUUUCCCAUAGGCUUUGCUGUCUAGUCCUUGUAGUUUGAGGUUUCUCUUGAUCUGCAUUUUUCUUUUUGAUUACAGAAUUUAUAAUUUAAUAAAUACUAGAGUUUAUCAAAAAUAAUUUGUCUGUUGUUUGAGUCUGGAAAGAGGAUGGAAACAUUUUGACAUUUGUGGCCAAAAUAAACAGGUAGCGGUUUGAACUGGUUGUAUUCAGCUUAGUCACCUGCUCAGGAAAGUUUGAUUUUUUUCAGAGACUAUUUAAACAGAAUCUACAAGCAAUUGCAUGGAAUAAGUAUGUAUGGAAAUAAA